AUGGGUACUGGAACAAGUGAAGGGAUUCCUCGUGUAUGUACAAAGGCAACAGAACCUGGAAACAGAAACAGGAGACUUAACACCAGCAUCCUUGUUCGGUAUAUUAGACCAUCCGGAACAAGUAACAUACUAAUCGAUUGUGGCAAGUUCUUCUACCAUAGUGCCCUUCGAUGGUUUCCCACCUUCGGGCUAAGAACGCUUGAUGCAGUUGUAAUUACUCAUUCUCAUGCUGAUGCAAUUGGAGGUCUUGAUGAUCUCCGUGAUUGGACUAACAAUGUCCAACCUCAUAUUCCAAUUUACACUGCUAUGCGUGAUCUCGAGGUGAUGAAAAAGACCCACUAUUACUUGGUUGACACGAGUGUGAUCAUACCCGGCGCUGCAGUCUCAGAGCUAGAGUUUAAAAUCAUUCACGAGGAUCAGCCAUUCGUGGUAAACGAUCUAAAGAUCAUCCCAUUACCGGUUUGGCAUGGCAGUAACUACCGUUCCCUUGGUUUCCGGUUUGGUAACGUCUGCUACAUAAGCGAUGUCAGUGACAUACCGGAAGAAACUUACCCGCUCCUUAGAGACUGCGAUCUGCUAAUCAUGGAUGCUUUGAGGCCUGAUCGUUCUUCAGCAACACACUUUGGCCUCCCAAGGGCGUUAGAGGAAGUUCGAAAAAUCAAACCAAAAAGAACUCUAUUCACGGGAAUGAUGCAUUUGAUGGACCAUGAGAAGGUGAGCGAAGAACUGGAGACGCUAAUGGACACAGAAGGUCUCGAUGUCCAAUUAAGCUACGAUGGUCUUCGUGUACCAAUCUCAAUUUAA